UACCUAUUUGCUUUUUUGUUAAUUCCAUUUAUGUCAAUGGUCCCCACUCCCUCCUUGGUCUUUAUGAAAAAGUGCUUGUAGCAAAUAAAAAAAGACGGAGGGAGUAUGUCUUACUUAGCAAAAAAAUAAUAAUAAAACAUUAUAAUUCAAAUUAUUUAUAGAGGUAUUUUGAUGAUGAGGAGCAAAAAGAAACAAUAAAAUUAGAGGACAACCUAGACACAGCUAGGUAAAAGAAAAAGCUAAGAAAACCAUAACAGAAAUUAUCUCCCAAAAACUCCAAACCAAAAAAAAACACUUUUACCAAAUUUAGCUUUAGAAUACAGAACACUCCACGUAGGAUGGGUGUGGUCGAUGUUCCCCCUGGUAAUUCUCAUAUUGGCAAUUAAGAAAUAAUUGUAAAAGGUUCUCUUGUAUAUAACCUUCAAGUUUUAUGUUUCUGAGUUUUUUUUUCUCCUGAGUUUCGGAGAAAAUAAUCAAAGUUGAUUGAGAAAUCUUGUAUUGGUUGCUUCGCGUUUCUAAUUAAGAGAACGCGAAGCAACCAAGAAGAGAGAACGAGUGAAUAUAUAUAUAAGGAGGUGUUAUAUAAAUGGCUAUACCAGGUGAUACCAUAGAAUUGGGUCACAAUGCUGUCGCAGUUGCCAUUGAUAAGGGAAAGAACAGCCAACAGGCUGUUAAAUGGACUAUUGAUCAUUUCUUGAAGGGAAAAGAAUUAACAGUUGUCCUGAUCCAUGUUAAAACUCACAAUUUUAAUGCACAGAUGGAAGCUUCUACAACUGGUUCAGCCCCAUCAGAAUCGGAAGUACAACAAUUAUUUCUUCCUUAUCGUGGAUUUUGUAGUCGAAAAGGGAUCGAAGCAAUUGAGAUUGUACUCCAUGAUAUUGAUGUUUCAAGUGCACUUAUUAGCUACAUUGAGAACAACUCCAUUGGCAAUAUUGUUGUUGGGGCUUCCAAUCGUAACGCUAUCACAAGGAGGUUUAAGUCAGCAGAUGUUCCUACAAGCCUAGAAAAAUCAGCACCUGAUUUCUGCGCAGUAUAUGUAAUAUACAAAGGUAAGGUGCAAUCAAUGCGUGCAUCAAAUGUGUGUCUUAUGCCUUCUGCAGCAGGUGCUAGUGCAAGGUCAUCAGGCAUGAGCUCUGGUUCCUCUGUUUCAUCUUACUGGACCGGCAAUUCUAAGUCUAGUUUCGGUGGCAGUAGUGCCAGCUCGCAUUCGAGCAUAGCACCAUCAGACCGGUAUUACUCCCCUGGGAACAGUAACCCAAGGAUUCCCAUUGGUGGCGAAUCGCCGAGUCAUAUGUCUGAUGGUGGUCACUACAGUAACCCAAGGAUGCCUGUUGGUGGAGAAUCACCAAGUCACCAAUAUAAUCAUAGGAGCUCUGAUAGUUAUUCUAGCUCCCCGAAUCAUUCUUCGUCGAGAUUGCAAGGUACAGGGCCACCACCUGCUCAUCGAUACAGCAAUGCUAGCUCAGAUUACAACUCCAGAUCAAGCUAUAGUCAGGACGGCUGGAGAACUGAGAAUUCAAGUUCUUACACAUCAAGCAAUGAAGGAAGAAGCACACCUGAAAGAUAUUAUCAAGGACAAAAUCCUUCGUACUAUGCUUCCAACCAUAGUAGUUUCCAGUCAGCCAGUACUACAUCUCUUGACUACAACGACCAACGUCCUCCAACAUCUACAAGUUCAAGUUCCCAAGCCUCUUUUACGGAUGAUAUGGAAGCCGAGAUGGCGAGACUAAAGCUUGAAAUAAAGAAAACCAUGGAGCUUUAUCAAUCUAUUUGUGAACAAGCAACUGUGGCAAAGCAACAGUCUGAUUCUCUUCAAAGUGGAGACGAAGAAGAUAUUGAGGAAAUCAAGUUAGCGAGAGAGGCAGCAAUGGUUGUUGCAGAUCUCGAACGUCUAAAAUGUCAAGCUGCUAUGGAUGCAGCACAGUUGACAGAACGAUUAGUAGACAUGGAGGGUCGUAAGAGAAAAAUUGUGGAACAGAGAGCUGCUAGACGCGAAGAGGAGGAUAGGAAAGCAAAUAACAAAUCAACCACAGUUAGCUACCGUGUAUACUCCUUGCAAGAGAUUGAAAUUGGAACUGAUUACUUCUCUAGUUCAUUAAAGAUUGGUGAAGGAGGGUAUGGACCUGUGUAUCGCGCUGUUCUUCAGCAUACCCCUGUUGCAGUCAAGGUUUUGCGGCCAAAUGUAUCUCAAGGGCUUAAGCAAUUUCAACAAGAGAUUGACGUGCUAGGACGCAUGAGACAUCCGAACAUGGUACUCUUAGUAGGAGCGUGCCCAGAGUACGGGUGCUUAGUAUACGAAUACAUGGAAAAUGGGAGCUUAGAAGACAGGUUGUUUUGUAAGAAUGAUACCCCUACUAUUCCAUGGAAAACUCGAUUCAAGAUUGCAGCUGAGAUAGCAACUUCCCUGCUCUUUCUACACGAGGCGAAGCCAGAGCCAAUGGUGCAUAGGGAUUUAAAGCCAGCAAACAUUCUUCUAGAUUCGAAUUACACAAGUAAGAUUGCUGAUGUUGGUUUGGCGCGUCUAGUACCACCAACAGUGGCUAACCAAAUGACCCAAUACCAUAUGACUGCUGCAGCCGGAACAUUUUGUUACAUAGACCCAGAGUAUCAACAAACAGGGAAGCUUAGUACAAAAUCUGAUAUCUAUUCAUUGGGUGUCAUUUUGCUUCAGUUGCUCACAGGAAGGUCUCCUAUGGCAUUAUCCUAUCAUGUGGAAGAAGCCAUUGAUGCUGGUACUUUCGACGAGAUACUUGAUCCUUCUAUUUCUAGUUGGCCUUAUGAUGAAGCCUUGUCAUUGGCUCAAUUGGCUCUUAAGUGUUGUGAGCUCAGAAAGAAGGAUAGACCAGAUUUGGACUCUGUUGUUAUGCCGGAGUUGAUCCGGUUAAGAGAUAUGGCCAUGAAUUCUUGACUUCUCUCUUCGUUUCUUAAUGUAUAUGUAAGUUCAAUCACCAUUCACCACUCUGAGGCUUAAGGCUUGUGCCUUUGUGGUUUCUUGUACCAAAAAUGUAGCAUAAUUUUUUGGAAGUUAUAUAAAGAAAAAUCAAGAGUUAUUUUUUAUGACUUGUGUAUUUGGAGACAAUGGCGGACCUAGAAGGGGACAUGGGGGUACAGCUGUAUCCCCAAAUUCAAAAAAAAAAAAUCAGUUUAAAAAAGAAAUUAAAAAAAUUGAAAAAAAAUCGCGUAGUGAGCGUUUCUUUCUUUUUUUUCUCACGCAACAGACUCCUCUUUCUUCUCUCUCUUCUCUCUCCUCUCUCUCUCUCCUCUCUCUCUCACAUAAUAACGGCCGUCGGCCGACACACCGCCCGCCGUUGGCCUAAUUCGCUGAACUCACGCCGGUCGCCGGUGCCGCGGUGGCCUAUUUCGCAAAACUCAAGCCACUGACGCAAAUCGCAGCUUUGUUCUUGUAAGUUUUUAGUUCUUAGACUCUUAGUUCUUACUUCUUAGUUCUUAGUUUAUACUUUUGUGUUUUAAUUUCAGAUUUUUCAACUUUUCUAAGUUUAUAUAUUGUUAGAUUCUUAAUUUAAUUGAAUAUUUAGAUGUAAAUUGUUGAA